AUGAGAAGUUCAUCAGCGUCAGUCACAACUCUGUGAACUGUCUGUACAGAGAGAAAUAUCCUAGAGUUUAUUCCACAUUUAACACAUCAGCAAAUCAUAAAGAAAUAUGUGGAAUUUUCCCUUACAUUUUUUUGCCACAAUUCCAGGCUCCUGCUUCUUCUUUGGGUAACAAAUUUUUUCUCUGGCUCCGGGUGGAAGAUUCCUCCUCCUCCUCUUUUCCACUGCUCUGGGAACGACAUCUAGAAAACAAACGAUCUGAGUCUCUAAGCAGCUGCUGAGCCUCUGACAUUUGGAUUGUGGUUUAUAAAUUGAAUAUGUCUUCGUUGAUGCUGCAGCUUGCAACCUUAAAUAAGAUCAUUUUUUAUUUAUGUGGACUAAUACUAAUACUACUGGCUUUUAAACGCUGUGGACCACCCUGCCUUCUAGUUUCCAGUAACCUGGACUGAUCCAACACGCUCCACCAGUAGAAAUGCUCACAAACCUGUGAUGAUUUCCUCUGUAGACACAGUCAUGCUGGGAGUUCUCCUCUUUCUCUCCCUCUCCUCCCUGGCGGACCUGGUGCCUCCCCCGAGGUCUCCCCCUGUCCUCUGCAGGCACUGCUGUGAUGACCUGGAGCCAGCAGAGGGCAGCGGAGAGCAGCCCGCCACAGCUGGGUUCAAUCAUGUGCCAGAGGUCCGCACCUACAUCAACAUGACCAUCCUCAAAGGUGACAGAGGAGAACGAGGCGACAGAGGAACACCAGGUAAAGCUGGACCCGAAGGCCCCCCAGGCUCCAGGGGGCCCACAGGCUCAGAAGGCACUAAGGGCCAGGCAGGUCUUCCAGGAGACGCCUGUAAAGUCCAGCACUCUGCCUUCUCCGUAGGCCGUCGCAAAUCCCUGCACAGCCUGGAGUCGUACCAGGCCCUGGUGUUCGACACGGUCUUCGUCAACCUCGACGGCCACUUCAACAUGUUCGAGGGCAAGUUCCUCUGCCACGUCCCAGGGAUCUACUUCUUCAACGUGAACAUCCACACGUGGAACUUCAAGGAGACGUACGUCCACAUCAUGCGGAACGACAAAGAGCAGGCCAUCGUGUACGCCCAGCCCAGCGACCGCUCCAUCAUGCAGAGCCAGAGUCUGCUGCUGGAGCUGGAGCUGGGCGACGAGGUGUGGGUCCGGAUGUACAAGAGGGAGAGGGAGAACGCCGUCUACAGCGACGACGUGGACGUCUACAUCACCUUCAGUGGAUACCUCAUCAAAGGGAGUGUGGAGGACUGAUGAGCGAGAGAGAAGACGAGCUGAGGAAGAAGAACCUUUGCCUUUUGGAGAAGAAGACGACGUCCAGCGUGCUCCAGCGAAAUCUCUUUGACAAAAUGUGAAGUCAACUUAAUACACUCAUCACCACAAUGGACACCACAAAGUGCUAGAGGGAACCUGCCUUGAAAUGGAUUGUUUUCUUAAGCUACUUCAGAAUGUAGUUUUAAGAAAGUGUGCUCAUCCUACCUGGUUUGUGUGUAAUGAAGAUUUUAUAGCCAAUGUUUUUCAUAAGAUUAAACUGAAUUUGCUUUA